AUGGCUUCUCCACAAUGGCGCCCUGGUAGACGAGUGGCGAUCGUCGGAGGAGGUCCUGGAUCCAUCUCGGCUGGCCUAGCUUUCAUCCAACGUGGCUUCGACGUGCGCAUCUUUGAGCGACAGCCCGAAUGCAAGGCCAUCGGAGGCGGUGUCCUCUUGUCAACACCGGUAUUGUCAAUCCUUCGGUCUUACGGCUUGAGCCUGGACAACGUGGGCUCAUACACCGUCACCUAUUUCAAGAACAAGGCGGGGAGAGAGCGCGUCAAAUUACCGUUCAAUCCUGUAGUCGAAAAGCGCAUGGGGAUCAAAGGCUGGCACUAUGGAGUCCUUCGCUCGUCCAUAUUCAAAAAGAUGCUCGACCUUGUUCCCGAGGGCGUGAUCUACGCCGGCCAUGAGUUUACCUCUUACACCGAGAUGGACGACGGGAUCGAACUCCAUUUUGCAAACGGACACCAAGUCACCGCCGAUAUCCUUGUAGGCGCAGAUGGCAUUCGCUCCAAGGUGUCUCAACAGGCCUUUGGUGAUCCGCACCUGUUCCACACUGGCCUUCGUCUCUGGCUCGCCUGGUGCGAUCACAUCCCCGACAUCCCUCCGAACUACGGCGUCCUUUCACACGACUGGCAACACCAAGCGAGCUUCUUCCCAAUGCUCCACGACGGCAAGCCCGGAUUCGAGUGGUGGGUCGUCGAACCGUCGUGGGAGGGGAAACCUGUCCCGGAGGACCCUAAAGCGCAUCUUACUGAAAUCCUCCGAGAUUGGGCACAGCCGAUGCCUCGCUUCUUGGACGCCACCGACUUCGACACCCAGGUGUAUCGCUGGGAGAUCUACAAUCGGCCUUCAAUGAAAAAGUGGUCCACGCGGCGGGUGGUGUGCGUGGGCGACGCUGUGCACCCGGUGUCGCCGUACGCUGCCUACGGCAUGGGCAUGGCAAUCGAGGACGGAUAUUACCUUGCCAGAGCAUUGGAUGGCGUCGACUUGCGGGACUUGCACGCGCUCAAAGCCGGAUGUGAAAUCUAUGAGAAACAGCGUGUCGACUAUGUCAAUCACAACAUGGAGUUUGCUCGCUUCAUGGGGAGAAUGUUUCACUCGCUGCCUUGGCCCCUUACCGCUAUUCGCGAUUUUAUCUUCGACUAUACGCCGUUCCUGAGCAAGCAUCUGGGAGAUGGAUAUCUGAAAAAGGCCGAGGAGGAGACACUUAGUUUGAAGGAGCUUCAAGUUUCUACGUGA